AUGCUUUUCAACAACAACAGUUUACUCAAUCACAAAAGCUUUUUUCAAAUUGCUUACGAUGAAAUGCAAAAUCAAAAGUUUGAUUAUUUAGAAGAAGUAGGAGCUACACCUAAAUUAGUGCAAGCUUAUUUAACUGCAUGCAAAUCAUACACAUCCAUAGAAUGUAUUUCAAAUGAAUUUUCAGUUUGUCAAUCUGACAGCCAAUUUUUAGAAACAUUUUGUCAUCUAUUAGAAGUAAAUGCGUUAGAUUCUCAUCAUCAUAAAAAUUCAAUCAAUACAUUUUGGAUUCAACCAUGGAAUAAUACUACAUGUGAUAGUACAACAGCAGUCAAUAUGGAACUAAUCACUACUACCAUAGAAGAUCAUCUUUAUCAAGUUUUACUGAAUGUGGAUCAAUUUUCAAUUGAUGAUUCAUCUCAAUCCUAUAUUCCAAUUAGUUUAGGAGUUCGUAAUAAAUUAGAAAGUUUAUGUCUAAAACAAUUGUAUGAUUGUAUUGGUUUGCUGGAUGAUACAAUGGAUACUACACGAAAUAUGCAUCCUGCAAAACAAUCAAAGCAUACUAAGCCAUCAUUAUCAAAUGACAAAACAUCAAGUUUCAACGCUGUUCAUCAACUAUUCACUAAGGUACAUAUAUUGCAAGAAGGAAUUUGUUUGCUUGGUAAUUUAUUGCAUAAAUCAAUCCUUAAAUUGAAUUCUGAAUUAAAUUCAAAACAAAAGAAUUAUCAAGAUUUGUUAAAAACUCUUGUAUCACAUAAAUUGAUGGAAUUGUUACCAGAAUCUUGCAGAAAAUAUAUACAGUCUAUUUUUGAAGCAGUAAAUUCUGCCGGUUCAUCUGAAACGGAAGUAAAUUCCGAUCUUUUCUGUGCUUUUAUUCCUGACUGUCUUGCCGAUAUGCCUAAUCUAGAUAUUGGUCUUGAUUCAAACCUACGUCCAAUGGAAUCGGAUGAUUUAAACUUUCUUGGACUUGGAUUUUGGGCAAAUUCUGAGGUAUAUCCAAAUGCUGGAUCGUUUAGACCACAGUUAUCUAGAGGUGGAUCGCCAUUUCGAGUCGUUGGUGAUGUGGAUAUGCGUAGCUUAGCUGGUCAGCAUCAGUUUCCAUCAACAUCAUUUCCUCACAUGUCACUUCCGCAGUCCCAUGUAACUGGUGGACAUGGACAUUUCGCUGGUCAAUCACUUCAAGCUUUUACUAGAGAAAACCCACUUGCAUGCGAUCUCCGAGUAGUACGUCAUCUUUUCGACCACACGGAAUCCAACUGA